AUGAACAACCCAAUCUUAUUAGGGGCCUACCCUAACAACAGCUACGAGCAGCGCCCACCUCACUCCUCACACUCCUCAUACUCCGACACCCCCAUCCUCGAAGAAGAAAAGGGUCAAAAGAAGCAAGGCCCCCUCGGCUUCCGCGAGCGUCUCCGUCACUUCACCUGGGCAUGGUACACUCUGACUAUGAGUACAGGAGGUCUGGCCCUCCUGAUAGCCAGUCAACCAAACACCUUCGAAGGCCUCAAAGAAAUUGGCCUAGCAGUCUACCUAUUCAACAUCCUCCUCAUGGCCCUAGUCUGCUCCCUAAUGGCAGCCCGAUUCAUCUUCCACGGCGGCUUCAUCGACUCCCUAACCCACGACCGUGAAGGCCUCUUCUUCCCAACAUUCUGGCUCUCAAUCGCAACAAUCAUCACCGGCCUGGAACGCUACUUCGGUGACAACCCAGAACCAGCCUUCUCAAAGACCCUCCAAGUCCUCUUCUGGAUCUACUGCGCUUGCACCUUCCUCGUCGCUACUAUCCAAUAUUCUUUCGUCUUCACCUCCCACACAUACCGCCUCCAAACAAUGAUGCCAUCAUGGAUUCUCCCAGCCUUCCCAGUCAUGCUGAGCGGCACCAUCGCCUCUGUCAUCGCCGAACGCCAACCAGACCACUCCUCCAUCCCAAUUGUCACAGCUGGAGUCACCUUUCAAGGCCUAGGCUUCUGCCUCUCCUUCAUGAUGUACUCACACUACAUCGGCCGACUGAUGGAAUCAGGCCUCCCGUGCCGCGAACACAGACCAGGAAUGUUCAUCUGCGUCGGCCCACCCGCUUUCACAGCCCUAGCCCUCGUCGGCAUGGCCCAGGGUCUCCCAGAAACAUUUAGCGUAAUGGACAGCGAAGAUAGCGCAGCUGAUGGACGCAUGCUCGAGAUACUCGCAUUAGCCGCUGGAGCAUUCCUGUGGGCAUUGAGUCUGUGGUUCUUCUGUAUUGCGCUUAUUGCAGUUGUGCGUUCGCCGCCCACUGCUUUCCAUCUUUCUUGGUGGGCCAUGGUCUUCCCCAACACUGGCUUCACUCUUGCUACUAUAACGCUUGGAAGGGCGUUUGGGAGUAAGGCUAUUGGUGGGUUUGGCUCUGCUAUGUCGAUUUGUGUGAUUUGUAUGUGGAUCUUUGUUUUUGUUAGCCAUAUUCGGGCUGUUUGGCGUCAGGAUAUUAUGUAUCCUGGUAAGGAUGAGGAUGUUUCUGACUAG